UUGGGCAACGGAAAAGCCCAAGCCGGUUCCCGACCCUGGCAGUGUUCUGUGCUGGGUUUUCUUGGGGAGGGUCGAGGGACGGUUUUCUGCUGGUGCUGCAGCAGCCUCCCAGGGUAGCAGAGCUGGGACUUCGCCGUGCUGCAUCCCCUGCUCGGGUAAUGUUUCUCUAUUGCAUCUCUCCAGCACGGGGCAGAGCCCAGAGGACCUGCCUGCACUAGAGUUCCAGAGAGAGCGUAGGAUCCCGAGACAGCAGAACAGAUGCACCCUUUGGCAGCCAAUUGCACCCUGCACUAGAGAGAAGUCCAGGGAUGUUAUAUUUUGGGAUUAUAUUUCUCCACCGUGGAAUUCAUGCAGUUCAUUCCAGAAACAUUGACCCUCUGCUUCUGUGACACACCCUCGCUGAAGGUCUGAUGGACAGACACUUUCUCUUGACCUUGCAGCUGUUUUCUUUCACGUGGAAGUUGGAAGACAAGGUGAAAGUGGCCAAAAGUUACCUGCUUUGGUGGAUAGGUGUGCUCCCCUUGGUUCUCAGAACAUGGGCCCUCGUUUAAAGCUGCAGCUGUGAUCCUCGGCUCUCUGUUGGCAUUGAAGGGACCUGAUGUUUUACGUCAUUGGUGGCAUCACAGUGUCUGUGGUUGCAUUCUUCUUCACAAUUAAGUUCCUCUUCGAGCUUGCCGCACGUGUAGUCAGCUUCCUCCAGAAUGAGGACCGAGAACGCCGAGGGGACCGGACUAUAUAUGACUACGUGCGGGGAAAUUACCUGGAUCCCCGGUCAUGCAAAGUCUCCUGGGAUUGGAAGGACCCCUAUGAGGUGGGCCACAGCAUGGCCUUCCGAGUGCAUUUAUUCUAUAAGAACGGGCAGCCCUUUCCUGCACAUCGGCCUGUAGGACUAAGAGUUCACAUCUCUCAUGUUGAGCUAGCAGUGGAAAUUCCAGUGACCCAGGAAGUCCUCCAGGAGCCCAGUUCCAACGUGGUCAAGGUGGCCUUCACUGUGCGCAGGGCUGGGCGGUACGAAAUCUCAGUGAAGCUUGGUGGAUUAAACGUGGCCUAUAGUCCCUACUACAAGAUUUUUCAGCCUGGAAUGGUGGUUCCUUCCAAGACCAAAAUUGUGUGCCAUUUUUCUACUCUCGUGUUGACCUGUGGGCAGCCACACACUCUUCAAAUAGUGCCCCGAGAUGAGUAUGACAACCCUACCAACAAUUCCACGUCCUUGAGAGAUGAGCACAAUUACAGUCUGUCCAUUCAUGAGCUCGGUCCUCCGGAAGAAGAGAGCACUGGUGUCUCAUUUGAGAAGUCAGUGACAUCCAACCGGCAGACCUGCCAGGUGUUCUUGCGGCUCACCCUGCAUUCUCGAGGCUGCUUCCAUGCCUGCAUUUCAUACCAAAACCAGCCAAUCAAUAAUGGCGAAUUUGACAUUAUUGUCCUAAGUGAGAAUGAGAGGAAUAUUGUCGAACGCAAUGUGUCCACCUCAGGAGUGAGCAUUUACUUUGAAGCUUAUCUGUAUAAUGCUGCCAACUGCACCAGCACGCCGUGGCACCUCCCGCCCAUGCACACAAGCUCUGCCCAGCGCCGGCCCUCCACGGCUCUGGAGGAGGAAGAUGAAGACUCACCCUCUGAGUGUCACACCCCUGAGAAGGUGAAGAAACCUAAGAAGGUGUACUGCUACGUGUCACCAAAGCAAUUCUCAGUGAAGGAGUUCUACCUGAAAAUCAUUCCCUGGCGCCUUUAUACCUUCCGAGUGUGCCCAGGAACAAAAUUUUCGUACCUUGGCCCUGACCCUGUCCAUAAGCUGCUCACACUGGUGGUGGAUGACGGCAUUCAGCCUCCUGUGGAGCUCAGCUGUAAGGAGAGGAACAUCCUAGCGGCCACGUUCAUCCGCUCACUCCAUAAAAACCUAGGAGGCUCUGAGACCUUUCAGGACAAGGUGAACUUUUUCCAGAGAGAGCUUCGGCAGGUACACAUGAAAAGACCACAUUCCAAAGUCACCCUGAAGGUCAGCAGACAUGCCUUGUUGGAAUCGUCUCUGAAAGCCACUCGGAAUUUCUCCAUCUCAGAUUGGAGCAAGAACUUUGAAGUGGUUUUUCAGGACGAAGAAGCUCUGGACUGGGGAGGGCCUCGCCGGGAAUGGUUUGAGCUAAUCUGCAAAGCACUAUUUGACACCACCAAUCAGCUCUUCACCCGAUUCAGUGACACCAACCAAGCAUUAGUGCAUCCCAACCCUAAUCGCCCCGCUCAUCUGCGCCUAAAGAUGUAUGAGUUUGCAGGGCGCCUGGUGGGCAAGUGUCUCUAUGAGUCCUCUCUAGGAGGAGCCUACAAGCAGUUGGUCCGAGCUCGCUUCACCCGUUCUUUCUUGGCCCAAAUCAUAGGACUGCGUAUGCAUUACAAGUACUUUGAAACAGAUGACCCAGAAUUCUACAAAUCUAAAGUUUGUUUCAUCCUCAACAAUGACAUGAGUGAGAUGGAGCUGGUCUUUGCAGAAGAGAAAUAUAACAAAUCAGGUCAAUUGGAUAAGGUCAUAGAACUUAUGACAGGUGGAGCUCAAACCCCAGUCACCAACGCGAAUAAAAUCUUCUAUUUAAAUUUGCUGGCCCAGUAUCGGCUGGCCAGUCAAGUGAAAGAGGAAGUGGAACAUUUCCUAAAAGGCCUGAAUGAGUUGGUCCCUGAGAACCUUUUGGCUAUUUUUGAUGAGAAUGAGCUUGAGCUGCUGAUGUGUGGGACUGGGGACAUCAGUGUGUCCGACUUCAAAGCCCAUGCGGUGGUCGUUGGUGGCUCAUGGCAUUUCAGAGAAAAGGUCAUGAGGUGGUUUUGGACCGUGGUUUCCAGUUUGACUCAGGAGGAGUUGGCUCGGCUACUUCAGUUCACAACAGGCUCGUCCCAGCUACCACCUGGAGGCUUUGCCGCCCUCUGUCCCUCAUUCCAGAUUAUUGCCACUCCGACCCAUAGCACGCUACCAACUGCACACACGUGUUUCAACCAGCUGUGCCUCCCUACGUAUGACUCAUAUGAAGAGGUGCACAGGAUGCUGCAGCUGGCCAUCAGUGAGGGCUGCGAGGGCUUCGGCAUGCUCUGACCACUCUCUUGCCAUCCAUUUGGCUCCCGUGCUUUCUGGAGCAUCCGGGUGCACGUAACAGACACAACCACUGACCCUAACGUACACAAAACCAUCAGCCAGAAGCUGCUGCGUGCUCUCCGUGUCUGGAGUAUUCAGUCACCUGCAAGCCUUGUCCUUCCCUCGCCCCUCCUUUCCCAUCCCCCCCCGCAAGCCACUUUGGCAGGUACAUAAUCUGAGCAACUCACUCAGUCACGCGAGGAGGGCCAUGCUGCUAUGCUUGCACUUGGUUCUUAGAAAGCUCUCAGUAGCCGGAGUGGCACUGGACUACCUCUCAUGGUGACUGAUAGAACAAAAGGAUCUUUUCUGUGGUGUCAGAACUGGAAAAGGAGCUUUCCUUGCAAGCGUUUCUGGAAAUGAUCAUUAAUCCACAAAGAAGAACUCCCUAAUAAGCUUUUUCUUGAGUAUAAGCAUGUGAGAUAGACAGACCUAAGAAUGUGAAAGAUAGCUGGGCUGUUGCCUCCAGUGCUGAAUGUGAUUCUCCUUUAGGGUUAUGGGGCAUGUCUAGGCACGUGGCUGGCUUGAAGACUACUGAUGCUUGUCCCUGAGUUUGUUCUUUACACUGAGGUGUGGCUGGGCUCGGCCACUCACCUCCAGCUCAUGCGGUCUGCUAAGAGCUGGGGGUUCUUUAGAUUUCUAUUGAAGAAACUUUUGCAGCAAGAGAUUGGGACAGUAUGAUAGCAUGCCACCGAUCCCUGGUUCUCUCUUUGCUUGGUGUUCCCUGGCAGCACUAAGGCAAGGGAAAAGGAAUCAGUAAUUUAAUUGCUCCUCAAAGGUCCUUAGGGUCAGGACACAGGGAACACACAUAGAGGAGAUACAUCAGAUGAUAAGUAAACACCUAGCUGUCCCAGUUACUUCCUGUCACUCCAUCAGUUACCAACAAGGGCAGCUAAAGAGGGAGGAAGAUAAAUUAGGUUCACUGUUAUGUGAUGAUGGAAGAGAACCUGCAGCUGUUUCUUGGAAGAUGACAACCACCUUUUUCAUUACGAUUUGAAUGAAGACGUUUUCAAGACUCAAAAUCUCAUUGAAUUCCCAAAUUUCUGUUUCUAAGAAGGCUUUGCUGCAAGCUACCUUUCCCAAUGGGGCGUUCGACUCUGAAAAUAUUUACAAGCCAUCUUUAUUGCCAAAACCAGCAAGUACAAAGAGUCCAGAGAUGAGGCGGGACUUGCAGCAAUGCCUUGGCCUCCUGGAAGCACGCCUGAGCCCUCCUGUUCCCAGAGAUCACGAGGAACAAGCCUUCCUGAGCUGCUACAAUUCCUGCCUGACCUCACUCCUUCGCAGUUGUCAUUUGUCCUUCUUGGCAUGGGUGCUGACCUCACUCAUCCUUGGGGUCUAGGAUCAAGCAUCAGGGCCUCUGUACCCCAGGGUCCUCCAUGCCACACGGUCACUGCUGUCCUCAGGGACCAGGACAAGGUGCUGCUGCCUGCCCCGGUGUUUUCCUAUGGGAUAUGUACAGGCAAGUUUCAUCAUCCCCCGGGAAACCUGAUGCUGCCCCUCGGGCCCGGAGAGGGUUUCCAGCUGGGGGGCACGUGGGUUGGUUCUGCUGUCUUUGGCUGUUGUUUCUCUUCUGGAUUCUGCAUUCUCCUCUCCAGAGACUCAUGCUGGAGCUCAAGUUGAUUUUCUUGGUUAGAUCUGUCCUUUUAAGCUCUAGUCAUAGCACUUUUCAGAGCAUCCUGGGUACCAUUGCAGCCCAGCUGCAUCCUGCAGUGGUCCUUAGCCCCAAGGUCUUUGUUUAACAAACCCUUUGGUACUGUUGUGGUUUUCUGUUCUUCCCGUUUACCCUAUCUCUCCUAACUAUUCAAAAGUAUCUUUGCUCGUUAGGCCUUUCCUUUGACCUUUUUUUCUAAUCCUGCUUUGGAACUAGCCAGUGUGGAGAGAGGUACACCAUGUCGGAGAGAAGGAAGAGUGUCUGUUACUUCUUGAGCAGUUUUCUAUUCACGUUUCUUAUUUUGGCCAGCUUGUUUUAUUUAUGCCCUUGUGACCCAGAUGCUUGGGGAGCCAGCUAACCUCCUGGCCUUUAGUCUCUUCAAAGGAGACCAGGCACCAAGUGAACACCAAGGAAGAUGUCGGCAUGUUUCUAGAACUUCAGCAGAAACCAAGCCCUGCUGCUGCAAAUUUGUCAGGCCAGACAAAAGGGCCAGACAGUUGCAGCAAUAGUGUAAAUAUUUUGUACAGUAAAUAAAUGAAUGUUUAAAAGGA